AUGCACACCUUCCUUAAAAAACAUUUGGCAGAAUAUUCAACGUGUUGUCUUGAGGAUUGCCCAAAUGAGCUAUGCUAUGUCGAAGUGCCACUUCGUGUUGCACCUGAUCCUUCAAAGAUGUCUUAUGAAAGUAGUGGAAUUUCACCAAAGUUUUCACGUGUGAGAAUAGCUCGUUCUGUUCCCGUCAUCACCGAGACAGACAGUCAGACAGAGAGUAGGGCAGCAAAUGCUUCCAAUAAGCAGCUUAGCAUUCAGUGGUACCUUCCUUCCCUGGCAAAGCCAUCCGAUGAUACAGAAACUAAGAUUUUGCUGCUUUAUGCUUAUAAUACAAAGCCUGUCAAGAUUAGCAACAUGAAGAUUUUUAGUUCAGUGUCUGUAUUUUCAGGCUACUUGUGGAUCCCACUGGUUAGGGUUAUUUCUUUACAGGAAGAAUUAUCUAAUCUGAAGCAGCAAGUUGAAAUUCUGAUGCAAAGCUCUAGAAGUUUGUCCUCAGCCUCAGAAAUUGCAAGCUUUCCUGAACAAAGUGAAACCCUGAAAAUAAUUCCUUCCACAAAAGCCAAAAUGAAUAUUGCAAAGGUUCCUCUUGAUGAAAAAACAGAAGAAAUGGCUAAAAGGUGUUUGUCUGAAGUACAAGCACUGCUCUCUCUUGUUCCAGCUCUGUCAUCACCAUUAACUGAGAUCCCAUUUGAUAUUACUUUGCAAUCAAUAGCUGCUUUGGAAAGCAUGUUUGAUCCUGCCAAUGGAUGUGUAAUAACUGAAGAAAGUCUUUUCAAUUGGAUCACAUCUCUGCUCCAGUAA